GCUUCUGGUUUCAACUUCGGGAAGGUGGCAUUGCCUUGCGCUCAACACAGCCUCGAUGCCGUAGAGUCUCAUGCACCAGAGUGACAUUCAUUCUUGUCGAUUCGGCCGUUAAUUUGCUGGGCGAUGGAGAAAUGUAUCACCAGCUGGCCUUCUGGGUUUGGCGAGACAUAGAAUCGCUUGACUUCGGGUCAGUCUUCUUUGAGAGACUGGACAGUCCUCCCCCUUCAUCCACCUAGGCCGCAGAUUCUGCACCUCGCUUCAUCAGCCUCAAUGCGAAGAACUUUUGCGACAGUCCUGGAGUCAGCGGAGCUUCAGUCUAUCAUUCUGCUUACGACAGGAUGAUUUUCUUCUUUCAAGCAAAUCCAAGCGUCGUCGAGGAAGGGGCUAUGGGGAGACACAAACUAGCCAACACGGCAGUUGUGAGACUUCACGUAUAGCACCUGGACCUGUACGUCUGAUACACCGCUAAUGCCCCCGAUUAACCCCAUCUCAACAUCCGCUUUCUCUCAGAAUGUGUUAUUUUCGUCAGCUACUCCUACGCAGCACGCACAAGCCGUUGUCGAGGACCGAAACUGUCUUGUGUGAAGACCAUUGCCACCCCAUGAGUCUGCCGGGCUUGUCCAGUUUCAACGUUUCAAUGCCACAAUUGCUCCCCUGAGCCAGCAUAUCCAGGUGGCGCAUAUUCGGGACGGGGGUUCUUGGGUGGUGAGUACGCUCGUUGUCACUAACGUGAUGGAAAUAGCCUCUUCGUCCACCGGCUACGAUGUAUCCGCGGAAGAACGACAUCACGAAUUUUACGUCCUUGAGAACUGGCUUAUCAGAUAACUUAUGUCUUAACAACAUUCUUGUCAAUGGACAACUUGACAUUGCGCCUCAGAAGCGACCAAGUCUCCAUCCAGACAUUCCAGCUUCGGCAACAAUUAUCUUUUUCGGUCACACCUUGCCAUACGGCAUGCUAGGUUCAGGUAAUGUCAUCAACAAUUGCUCAGUCCGCGUUGACAACAACCGAGCCGAACGAAAUGAGCACCUAUUUUAUCUCCGAGUUUAUUUCUGGUCCAUGACAUCGUGCCUCAGCUCCCUAGCGUCCUGCGGUGGGUUCAUCGCACGACGCUACAUGGUAAACGAAGAUAAGGAGGAUUCAUUCUCCUUAACGAUCCACUACAUGACCAAAUACCAAGUUCGUUUGCUAGCCGUUUGCGUGAGACCAUUGUGCUGGGCUAUGACGAUUAUGAUUGACUGUUACUGUGGUGAUUUGCAAGCUACAGUACUUUAAUAGGGGUGCCAUCUGAGCAGCCACCCAUGUCAAUCCCGUGGGGAGCAGAGAGUGUAUUGCCCUGCUUGUACUACGCCCAAAGGUGUUACGAGCGGCAGGUCGCCUCGGCAACGAGGAAUCACAGCCGUUCCCCCCGAGGCUUUCUCGAAACGAGAACGACACCUAAUGUGAUCAUUACUUCAAGCUAUGGAGUUAUAUGGUCCCAACAGAGCCUCUAUGCUUCAAGGACUACUUGUUCUCUUUCCUUGCUGCCAAGUUACCCCCAGCGCGCUCUAGCAAUCCUCGUGCCUUGUCC